CAAUAUUUAAUUUCGAAUUUUAUCCGUAAAUGGAAUUGAAUACGUAUGUGGUAAAGGAUAAUUACUAUUUCCUAGAUCGCGAUAAGGUCCGUCAACUGCGUCGAUGUAAACGCGACGUGUCCAGUCGAAGAGGCUAUCGCGCGUGAGCCGUUCGAUUAUCAGCCCCGCGGCCGCCAAGGUCACGGCUUGUAGGCGGGUGGCCACCAUGCUGCCCGGACCACUCGCGCCCCUAGACGCACGCAAAACGCGCGCCCUCACCACUAUAUACGCGCCGCGGAAGCCCAAACAACGGAAACAUAAGACCGCACAAUCAAGGAUGCUAGAAAAUGAAAUACCCAUUAAAACUAACCUCAAAUCUUCCCUCUCGCCCUUUCCUCCGCUACCAGCCAUCGGCCAGAAGCAAGAGAAAACUAAAGUAAUAAUCUUCGAUUUGAAAAAUGACGACCGCACAUUCAAACUCCAAGAAGUACUCAAACCUCUCACGCCGUUAAGCAUUCAUGGUUUAAGAAAGAACGUUGACUGUGAGAAGAAACCUCAGCAGCUUAUAAGAGAGAACACUUACGAUGUCAUCGAACCGAUUUACUUGACUCCGGAAAAAGUAAAGAAAAAAGUUACACCGACAAGAUAUAGCGAUGCGAAAUUGUCACCGAAGAGCAGGUUCAAAAACGCGGCAUUCCAGGUUGCUAAACUGACGUCAAUGCCCGAAACUGGGAAGUUGCUUUGCUUGCGGGAACGAGAGACAUACACGAUAUGUCGGGAGGUUGACGAUUCGUGUCGCUUGCAGAAAUUACCACAGAGUCCUGCACAACAAUUGAACAAACUUUCGGAGAUUUUCCAAAGCUUGGAUAUGAAAGGAAGGCACAGAGAUAAAAUGAAAAAGGAAAAUAGUUGGUUUUGAAUAAAGUUUGAAUAGUUAAGGACAGUAAAGUUUAUUAAACUGUUUUCUACGGAAGAGGAGUUGUGAAACAUAAGUGAUAAAGUGUCGAAGUACCUAUUCAAUUUAUUUUUGCUAAUAUUCCACUUCGUGUGACGGUGUGCGAGAUAAUAAGAUAUGCCUAUUGCUCCAA